ACGUUUUUAUAUAUCAGGAACUUCUAAGCGCGGAUUCUAUUGGAAUUACAUUAUAUACUGUACAUCACCUGCAUAAAGAAGGAUUUCAAAGGAUAACAAGUAUGCGGGUUUGCAACAUGAUUGGUGCGGUCCUAAUCUUCAUCAUAAUAGGAUUCGAAGGGAUCGAUGGUGCAGUUAACUGUACUGCCAGUAAUCCUUGUCUGAACGGAGGAACAUGUAUGAACGAAACGUGUUCAUGCGUCGAUGGAUUUACUGGAGACACGUGUCAGACAGUUAACUGUACUGCUGGCAACCCUUGUCUGAAUGAAGGUACCUGUGAGAACGACACCUGUUCAUGUUUUGCGGGAUUGACUGGAGAUCUUUGUGAAACAAUUAACUGUACUGCUGGCAGUCCUUGUAUGAACGGAGCUACCUGUGAGAACGACACGUGUUCAUGUUCUGCGGGAUUGACUGGAGAUCUGUGUGAAAUAAUUAGCUGUACUGAUGGCGACCCUUGUAUGAACACAGGUACCUGUGAGAACGACACGUGUUCAUGUUCUGCGGGAUUCUCUGGAGAUUUGUGUGAAACAAUUGACUGUUCUGCCGGCAACCCUUGCCUGAACGGAGGUACAUGUGAGAACGACACGUGUUCAUGUUCUGCGGGAUUGACUGGGAAUAUGUGUGAAACAGUUAACUGCACUGAUGGCAACCCUUGUCUGUAUGGAGGUACUUGUGAGAACGAUACAUGUACAUGUAAUACUGGAUUAACUGGAGAUGUGUGUCAAACAGUUUCCUGUAGUGGCAACAGCCCUUGUAUGAAUGGAGCUACCUGUGAGAACGACACGUGUUCAUGUUCUGUGGGAUUGACUGGAGAUCUGUGUGAAACAAUUUCUUGUACUGACGGCAACCCUUGUAUAAAUGGAGCUACUUGUGAGAACGACAUGUGUUCAUGUUCUGAGGGAUUGACUGGAGAUCUCUGUGAUACAAUUUCCUGUACUGACGGCAACCCUUGUAUGAAUGGAGCUACUUGUGAGAACGACACGUGUUCAUGUUCUGAGGGAUUGACUGGAGUUCUAUGUGAUACAAUUUCCUGUACUGACGGCAACCCUUGUAUGAAUGGAGCUACUUGUGAGAACGACACGUGUUCAUGUUCUGAGGGAUUGACUGGAGUUCUAUGUGAUACAAUUUCCUGUACUGACGGCAACCCUUGUAUGAAUGGAGCUACUUGUGAGAACGACACGUGUUCAUGUUCUGAGGGAUUGACUGGAGUUCUAUGUGAUACAAUUUCCUGUACUGACGGCAACCCUUGUAUGAAUGGAGCUACUUGUGAGAACGACACGUGUUCAUGUUCUGAGGGAUUGACUGGAGUUCUAUGUGAUACAAUUUCCUGUACUGACGGCAACCCUUGUAUGAAUGGAGCUACUUGUGAGAACGACACGUGUUCAUGUUCUGAGGGAUUGACUGGAGUUCUAUGUGAUACAAUUUCCUGUAGUGGCAACAGCCCUUGUAUGAAUGGAGCAUCCUGUGAGAACGACGCGUGUUCAUGCUCUGUGGGAUUGACUGGAGAUCUGUGUGAAACAAUUUCUUGUACUGACGGCAACCCUUGUAUAAAUGGAGCUACUUGUGAGAACGACACGUGUUCAUGUUCUGAGGGAUUGACUGGAGAUCUCUGUGAUACAAUUUCCUGUACUGACGGCAACCCUUGUAUGAAUAGAGUUACUUGUGCGAACAACGCGUGUCCAUGUUCUGCGGGGUUGACUGGAGUUCUAUGUGAUGCAAUUUCCUGUACUGACGGCAACCCUUGUAUGAAUGGAGCUACUUGUGAGAACGACACGUGUUCAUGUUCUGAGGGAUUGACUGGAGUUCUAUGUGAUACAAUUUCCUGUAGUGGCAACAGCCCUUGUAUGAAUGGAGCAUCCUGUGAGAACGACGCGUGUUCAUGCUCUGUGGGAUUGACUGGAGAUCUGUGUGAAACAAUUUCUUGUACUGACGGCAACCCUUGUAUAAAUGGAGCUACUUGUGAGAACGACACGUGUUCAUGUUCUGAGGGAUUGACUGGAGAUCUCUGUGAUACAAUUUCCUGUAGUGGCAACAGCCCUUGUAUGAAUGGAGCAUCCUGUGAGAACGACGCGUGUUCAUGCUCUGUGGGAUUGACUGGAGAUCUGUGUGAAACAAUUUCUUGUACUGACGGCAACCCUUGUAUAAAUGGAGCUACUUGUGAGAACGACACGUGUUCAUGUUCUGAGGGAUUGACUGGAGAUCUCUGUGAUACAAUUUCCUGUACUGACGGCAACCCUUGUAUGAAUGGAGUUACUUGUGCGAACGACGCGUGUCCAUGUUCUGCGGGGUUGACUGGAGUUCUAUGUGAUGCAAUUUCAUGUAUGGCCGGCAACCCUUGUAUGAAUGGAGCUACCUGUGCUAACGACGCGUGUACAUGUUCUGCAGGAUUGACUGGAGAUCUGUGUGAAACAAUUAACUGCACUGCUGGCAACCCUUGUCUGUACGGAGGUACUUGUGAGGAGAACGAUACAUGUACAUGUACUACCGGCUUAACCGCAGAUGUAUGUCAAACAGUUACGUGUAGUGGUGGUAAUCCUUGUCAGAACGGAGUUACCUGUUCAAACGAUGCGUGCCCAUGCCCUUCGGGAUUAACGGGAGAACUCUGUGACACAGUCGACUGCAAUGAUGGCAACCCUUGUCUGUACGAAGGUACUUGUGAGAACGAUACAUGUACAUGUAUUUCUGGAUUAACUGGAGAUGUGUGUCAAACAGUUACCUGUUCUGAUGGUGAUCCUUGUCAAAAUGGAGCUACCUGUACGAACGAUGCAUGUCCAUGCCCUGCAGGAUUAACAGGAGAUUUGUGUCAAACAGUUUCCUGUUCUGCCGGCAACCCUUGUAUGAACGGAGGUUCAUGUGAGAACGAUGCGUGUUCAUGUUCUCCGGGAUUGACUGGAAAUUUGUGCCAAACAGUUGAUUGUAGUGUCGCCAACCCUUGCCAGAAUGGAGCUAACUGUACCAACGAUGCAUGUACAUGCCCUGCGGGAUUAACUGGAGAUAUAUGUCAAACAGUUGACUGCAAUCUGGAGAGCGACCCUUGCCAGAACGAAGGUACCUGUGCGGACGGUGCAUGUACAUGUGCCUCGGGGUACACUGGAGUUUUGUGCAGUAAUGCCAUUGAUUGUGCUGGUGAUAACGAUCCGUGCCAGAACGGAGGUACCUGCGAGAACAAUGCAUGCACAUGCAGUUCUCCAUAUAUUGGAUCCGUGUGUGAUACAGUCGACUGUAGCGGUGCAAACCCUUGUGUAAAUGGAGGCACAUGUCAAGACGGUGCUUGUUCGUGCACUGACAAUUUUGAUGGAGUUCUCUGUGGUUCAGUUGACUGUUCUGGUACAAACCCUUGCAUGAAUGAAGGUACAUGUGGGGAUGGUUCAUGUUCAUGCGUUGAAGGAUUUACUGGAGUCUUGUGUGAUACAGUUGACUGUUCAGGUGACAACCCCUGUAGGAAUGGAGGUACAUGUGGGAACAAUACAUGCACAUGUGCAGCUGGAUACACUGGAAUUGUGUGCCAGUCAGAGGUAAUUCAGAUAAGGAUGGAUGCGGUAUUCAGUGGAGAAACUUUUUCAGAAGUCUUGGGAAACACCUCUUCAGAUGAGUUUAUGGCAGCUGCUGCAAGCUGGGAAACAACGCUCACAACAAGUUACUGUGAAGACCAAGGAUACUCGGAAUCUGAAUGCCCAUUCACAAUAAAGGUAGUCGGAUUCAGCAAUGGAUCUUUGGUAGUAAAUUACAAUGUUUUUUACUCAAGUUCCGAUGGAGUGGAUGAUAGUUUCGAUCCUACCGAGGUCGUGAUCAUGGACGACAGUGGAUCUACCCUCCCUUCUACAUUUAGUCGUUUAUCUCUUACCUGUGGUGGGAAUGUAUGUGAUGGCUGUGAAUCGUGUCCCAUAGUUGAGGCUCAAUGCAACAACUCACAGACCCCUUGUCAGAACGAAGGUAUCUGCGUGUUCGGAGAAUGUGUAUGUGCCCCGGGGUACACUGGAGUUUUGUGCGCCAAUACCAUCAUCUGCAGUUCAGAGACCCCCUGUCAGAAUGGAGGUACCUGUGCGGAUGGUGCAUGUACAUGUGGCUCCGGAUACGCUGGAGAUUUGUGCAAUGCAACUGUGAGGACUCAAGGGGAUCUGCAAUGCUACACUUGUUCUGCUAGUAGUGUAACAGAUGAUUGUUCUGCAGCAAUUGGAACUGAUUCUGAAGUAACACCCAUGACAUGCUAUGAGAACCAGCGAUGUUGGACCGAGCAUUACGAGAACUCAACACAUACCAACAUUUGGCGUGGAUGUACUGAUUCGAUAUGCAGUACCGAGAACAGUGAUGGACCUUCUUGCCUGUCGACAGGGGAUGGAAACAUCCUAUGUGUUUUCUGCUGCGAGGCAUCUUUGUGCAACAAUGACCCAAGCUCUGGCAACACCAUUUCAAGUUCUGUCACUAACACUUGGUUGGCAUCUCUUAUUUCUUUGAUCAUCAUGUAUGCUACUUUUAGAACCUAACUGAAUGAACUGAAAAUAAAAUACAAGCUAUAUUUCCUAUCUAUACUCUCCAGUCAUUGUGGUAGAUCCAGUCAGACUGGAUACAAUACCACUUCAGUGCCAGCAUUGUUUAGUGCACAUUGGUCUGAUUUCUCUAUACCAGAUCAGCAUGUGAUACUACCUGGCAAAAAAGUAUGAUAUAGGCAACUCUGCCCCAAAAUAAAUCUAAUAGGAAAUGCAGAAAUUAGAAAUUUUGACUUAAUUAUGGUUAAAAUAUAUUUUAGUAUGUGGUGUAAGAAUGUAUUCAAAUUAGAUAAUUUUAGAGGUAGACAUAACUGUACUUUUGAAGCUAUCAUAAUUUUGUGUUUGAGAAAAUUACUAACAGCAGAAUUAAUUUACACGCUUGUAAGCAUAAUAUUCAUAUUUUAGUGACAAAAGCCAAAAAAGAAUAUUUUAAUCAGCCACAUAGAAAACAAGUAACAGAAAUUAUAUUUUUUUUCUUCUUUUUUGUUCUUUAAAUCAA